GCAAACCCGAACGAGAGGUCGUUGCACUCUGCUGUGUGUGUGUUCUGUUCUGUUCGUCUGUACCGGCCCCCGGUUGUUAAAAAAAACAAUACAUUCAACUAUCAAUCGAAUACAAUUCGAUUGAAUCAAAAACUACCAAAUUAUUCUGGGGGAAUGUCCAAGUGAAAUUUCGUGUUACCAAAGUAAUUGCAAACUUUUGACGAGUGUUGGAUGUGUCGCUAGGGGCAACCUGAAUACAAUUUUUGUCCGAAAUUCCUUGAUCCCUAGUGCUGCAAGUGCACACACAGUGGUUGAUCGAAUGUGUGAAAAGUAAUUUGAGAGAGGCUCCACAGCCAUUAUUUGGGAAACUUAAAAGAUAGAAAACCGUUAGAUUUCUAUUCUGGAGAGACUUUGUGACGCCAUGAAAGAAAAACCAAAUUGUUAAAACAACAACCAAGGUCGUGAUGAUGAAUCGAGUCUCAUUUGAUCAGUGGGGCAGAGUCGUGCAGAGGCUCACGGUGCUUUGACCUUGACGCGAUACUAGCGCCACCACCACCAUUUUCUUUCUUUUUCCUCCGUUCUAAAUUCGUUUCUUUUUCGUCCAAUUCACCAGAAGAAAAAGAGAAUAUCUCACAUUGAGAAGAGAUAUGUGCACUACUACUCUCUCUCAGCUGUUUCCAAGGGUGAGUCUCUGCUGUGUGUGUGUGUCUAUUCGUUUUUCUUCCUCCGACCGACAAACACGUGAAUAAAAGAAAAAAAAAAGAUUAGACGAGACGAGAAUAUUAUCGGCGCAUGCGUUGGCACUCAGUCGCUCGUCGUCUGCCACCGUGUUCACAGUUCAAGUUCUUCUUGAUCGAGUGUGGUGUUUCGUUUGAUUCAUUCAACUAUUUGAACCGUAGAAUUUUUGGUUAUUAAACCAGUGUGGUUUGUCUAUCAUUUUGCCAGUGUGUGUCCAGUGCGAAAUAAUUGAAUUGGAGAUUUCGACAAUAACAACGUGUGUGGUUGUGUUUUUUAAUUAUUUGAAAUUCAACACUUCGUGGAAUUGGUCAUGGUCGGCCGCCAUUAUUACGAGCAGACAUUAUGACGGUGACGGUGGUGCUCUCUAGUGAUUCCGGUGGAAAGAUGAGCUUGUUCCAGGACCUGAAGCUCAAACGAAGAAAAGUCGAUUCACGAUGCAGUAGCGACGGUGAAAGUCUGAUGGAGACGGGCAGUUCGGCGUCGCCCGACUGUAGCGCGGCCACUCCGCCCAGGAGCGGCGAGGAAGGCUGCGGAAGUACCAGCGGCAAUCACGUUGGCGGAGCCGCAGACGAGGAAAAUCCGCCCAGCAACAGCAGCGCGGCGGGAGAACAACAGCAACAACAUCCGUCGGAUGAGAAUGGCGGAACGGCGACGGCCAGCAUCACGGUCGUCUGCAAUGGCCGGAUUAUUAAACAAGAAGAAGAUGAAGACGAAGAUGACGGAGUUGAAGAAGAUGAAGAGGAUGAAUCACCGGAAAGAUCCUCCCAGGCAUCCGCAUCCAGCGCCAGCGACGGCGGAUUCAUCUCCUCACCUGGACUCUCUCGCGGAAGUCGGUCGACGCCGGAUUCCCUGGGCGCCGACGACCACCUCCAGCUGCGACUAUGCGAGGAUUCCGGAACGGGUUCCGCUUUGAUGAUUGUUGUCAAGCAGGAAGCGAUGGAAGAGGAGGAAGAAGAGAUGGAGCGACAGCAGCAGCCACAGAAACGAGUGCGGAAUCGAGACGAGGUGGACGAGACGAUAAACGAGGCCGUCAAAUUGUCAAAGGCCAAAGCGACGACGGGCUCAUCAUUCCACGAUGAAGAUCCGCACCGGACGCGGAUCAAGGAGCCGGCAGCCGAAAGUUUCGGUUCCAAAGGAUCAACUUCCACCACCGCUUCCGCCGGAAGAAUGGAUCUUUCCGCUCAUUCACCAGCGGCGAUCGUCAAGACGGAAAGUCGACAACACAGUCCGUCGUCGGCCACUUCGGUCAGCAGUUCCGAACACAACGGCAUCCGCUCAUGGUCCAACCAAUCCUCGCCCAACGGCCAUACGACGACAAACAACAACAACCACAUGAGCAAACCAAUCCGGCCGGAAAUCAUUUUCAGCCAUCGGAGAGCCUCGACCUGCACCACGGUCGUCCACGGUGCCGUUCCGAUGGAUUCGUCGCCCAACGGCGGAUCCAGGACGUCGCCUUCCCUUGCGCCUGGCUCCUCGCCGGAUCACCAUCACCACAACGGAAGCAGCAAUAAACCGCAGUCCAAUCAUUCGGCGGCCGGAACGAAUCCCCGAGUGCCAUCGGUGAUCCUGGGCCAGUCUGGCGGAGUGAAGACGAUGGUGUGGACCGGCCAUUGGGCGGAUCAGCAGCAGCCGACGCCAUCCAGGCCGCGAUCGGUGCCCAACGGAUCGGAAGUUCAACAACCUCCUCCUCCUUUGAUGAUGGCCGUUCACCAGAACCGUCCAGGCAGCGUCAAGCAAAUGAAUAGCAACAACAUGCAAGAUGCCGCCAGCAUCCGGUUGUCCAUUGACGGAUUGCUCAGUUUGGCCCAGUCAUCGUCCGAUCGACGUCACGGCGUCGUAUCCAGGUCAUCUCCUCCGCAGCAGGCCAACAGUCCGAGCAGCAGCACCGUGAGCCCAACGGAGAGGCCGAGUGUGGUCAACAUCCAGCGAUUGAGUCCAACCUCAUCAUUAUCAUCCACAUCUUCUUCGUCUUCUUCUUCUUCGAAUGGCGUGGCCGCUGGAUCAUCGACUCCUCCGCAUUUUGCCACUCCGCUCCGGGUUCAGACGCCCACCACGUCGACGCCGUGCUCCUCCUCUUCCUCGUCGCUGUCGGCGUCGUCGUCCUCAUCAUCACGGCAUCACCACCAGGGAUCCGGUUCUCCUCCGGCCUUGGGUCUACUGACGGUGGCCAGGAACCAUCACCAUCCGCCAGGCGGAUAUCCUUUUCCGGACACGCCUCCGUCGAUGGAUCGGGCCACCAACGGUCACUUUAUGUCAUCCGCACGGUUAGCUGAGAGUACUGGCGGACACCACCAAGGGCUUCCGCCUUCCAUCUCGCGUCCGCCAGCUCUCCACCUCUCGUCGCGAUCCACCAAUUCGUCGUCUUCUUCAUCCUCCUCCUCUUCUUCCUCGUCGUCUUCUUCUUCCUCGCCUCCCAUUUCUGCGGCUUCCAGCGCCAUGGCUCCUCCCACUUCAUCCAGCCAGCCUCUCUCGAUGGAGCGGCUGUGGGAAAACGCCGAGCGAUCCGCCGCUGCCAUCAAGCAACAACAACAGCAGCAACAGCAGAGGCCAGAUUCCCAAGCGUUGGAUUAUUCCGUCUGUUCCGGCCGGUCGUCCAUCAUCGUCAGCUCCAACAAUGUCCACCACAACAACAGCAAUCACCUUCACAGCAACGGUCACCAUGACAACGGCACUCAUAAUCACCCGACAUCGGCCAUCCAUCAGCUUCCGUCGUCCAUCGUGACGACCAUCAACGGCGGAGGUCGCCCGUCCGCCGUCAACGGCAGCAACAGCCACAGCGACGGCAACCGGAUGGAGGAGGACGAUGAAGACACGCCCAUGAUUUGCAUGAUCUGCGAGGACAAAGCCACUGGACUCCAUUACGGAAUCAUCACCUGUGAAGGGUGCAAAGGCUUUUUCAAGCGGACGGUGCAGAAUAAGCGGGUGUACACUUGCGUGGCGGAAGGCAAUUGCGAGAUCACAAAGGCCCAGCGGAAUCGGUGCCAGUAUUGCCGUUUCCAAAAGUGCCUCGCCCAGGGCAUGGUCCUGGCCGCCGUCAGGGAGGACAGGAUGCCCGGCGGAAGGAAUUCCGGCGCUGUUUACAACCUCUACAAGGUCAAAUACCGGAAGCACAAGAAGAACAACAAUAAAAGUCCGCCGGGAACCACCGCCACCAACGGUGGUGUGACGGCCGUUUCGGCCGCAGCCGCCGCACUGGGCGUCAAGGCCGUUCUCGAAGCCAAUGCCAUUGCCAACGGCAAAAUCCAGCAACAACAGCAACAACAACAGCAGGUGAUGAGCACUAACGGAAUUCAUCGAAAGUCCCCGCCCGGCAUUGCCGUCAUGGAUCAACAACACCAUCAGCAACAACAACAACAACAGCAGCUCCAGCAGCUUCACCACCACGGGAUGAUGGGCGGAUCGGGCCAGCAGCAGCAGCAACAACAACAAGUGCCACGGAUCGCCAACGGCAACAUUCUCAAGACGGCGCUGACGAAUCCGAGCGAGGUGCUCCAUUUGAGGCGACGAUUGGAAAGCGCCGUCACGUCCAGCCGGGACGCCAUCAGUAUGCCUUACGAGACGGCCAUGCCCACCAUUUGCACGCUCAUUUAUUGUGAUGAGUUUGAAGAUAUUGCCACCUUGAAGUUGGACGAGUUGCUGGACACGAAAGCCGAGCUGUCGGACAAACUCUGCCAAAUCGGCGACUCGAUAGUCUACAAGCUGGUGCAGUGGACCAAACGUCUUCCGUUCUACUCUGAGCUGCCCGUCGAGGUGCACACGCGAUUGCUGACGCACAAAUGGCACGAGCUACUGGUGCUGACCACUUCGGCCUAUCAGGCCAUCCACGGGCCGCGCAAGACGUGGUCAGGACCAGAACCCACUGAACACGAUUUCGUCCAGCAGGUAUCGGCCAACCUAGUCACCCUUCAAACAUGUUUAGCCGCCAUGAUGGGUCGACCCUUGACCCUGGACCAGUUGAGACAGGACGUGGGACUCAUGGUGGAGCGCAUCACUCACGUCACGAUGAUGCUCCAAAGGAGCCAAUUGCGGAUGGAGGAGUAUGUCUGUCUCAAAGUCAUUGCCAUGCUCAGCCAACCUAAAGGUAGCGGCAGCGUCGAACUGGAAGCCAUUCAAGAACGAUACAUGCAGUGUCUGCAGAGCUAUGUCGAACACAACUAUCCACAAUCGCCUGGGCGAUUUUCUGAUCUCCUCACACGUUUACCUGAGGUCCAAUCGGCUGCUACCUUGCUGCUGGAGAGUAAAAUGUUUUACGUUCCUUUCCUGCUGAAUUCGGCCAUUCACAGAUAGCCGCUAUUUUUUAAAAAAAGAAAAAACAUCGUCCUCAAACAAGUUUAUUCGUCGUCGUCUUGAUUGUUAUCUUCGUCGUCCGUUCUCUCCCUUGUCGUCCUUUUGCCACCUUCCUCCGCAUUGUUUCAAUUCAAAACAAUUUGUUGUGCUUAAAAGACCAAUGCAUCCAAAAUCUCUCUCUCCUCUCACAGGGCCCACCCACCCGGAAGAAAAACUAAAUUACGGAAUGAUAGGUAUAUAUAUCAAUUCUUCUUCUUCUUUUUCUGGCCGCGUGAGAAAUUGUGUCUACCUGCCUGCGAGUGACUGUCAGUGUGUGCGUGCGUGUGUGGAAUUCUAAUUCUAAUCUCUCGAUCCAGUUUUGAAACGUCAACAAAUUUUGUACAACAAACAAAACAAAAACAAAAAAGAAGAAAAUUUAGCCAAAAGAGAAGAAAGGUGCGUCCGAAUUCCAAAAUUUGGAUGCAUCUUUAUAAUAUAAAUAAAUAAGCAUAUUUUUCUGGUUUACCCCCGUUAAACUGGACACCGACACUGAACGAAAAGAAAGAAGAAAUAGUUGAAAUUCUUUGGUUUUUUGUUUUCACCUCCUCUAUCCCUCCGCCAUGUUUUUUGUUUAAAAAUUUAAUUCGGGCUUAUCAGAGUUUGUUGUUUUUUCCCCCUAUUCUUGCUCUAAUGAAUUAACCAUGUAGGAACCACGUGUGACCACACAGCUAAAGCUAAGAGAAAAUGUGAGGAUUUUAUAAAUUCAAAUGUCUGUGCGUUUGUGUGUGAUUGUGUGGCCCUGCUGAAAGCGUCCCCCCACAAAAAAUUUUGAUUUCAAAAUUUCGCGGGCUAAAAUUUUUAAAUGUCAGAAUUUUUUUUUUUCAAUUUAUUUUGGUUGGUUUGAAUGAUUUUUGAUAUAUUCUAUACAUAUUCUAUACAUAGGAAAAGCAUAAGAGUGAGAGUAAAGAAACACAAGUUUUCCUAUUUUACAAUUGUUUGUGUGUGUGUCACAGUCUGGGGCUCUGGGCAUCCUCUCAAAGAGUUCAAAUUCAAUUUUGAAGAAUGGCCUACUCUUGAAAAGAGUUUUUUUUUUAAAGACAAAAUUUUAUUAUUAUUAUUUUUUAUUCUUUUGUUUUAUUUUUCUAAAGAAAAAAAGAAAUGAGUUUAAAUGUAUUUUCGUUUGUUUAUCUUUUAUUUUUUCAAAAUGUUGUGUGUCAUUUGUUUUGUGCAACUGCCAGUGUUUGACAUUCGACACGAAACAAAUGAGAAACGCGAGUCGCAUGUCCAGCAGAAAAAAUAAUAAUUUCCUUUCUGUUUUUCGGCGAUUUGCGUGAUGUAAUAUGCCGUUGUGGUCGGUUCCCAUGUGGUGAGCAAAGAAAAACGUGGAGAGUGGUUGAAAGAAAAACUGCCUAAAAUUCUGUUCUUUUUCCUCCCCGUGUUUCACGAGAACGAAUGUUGUCCCCCAGACUCUCCCGCCGUUCAUUUCUAUCUUCGUGUCCCGCUGACUUGUCUUUUCUUCUCCCCCCUCAUGAUCUUCACUUUCUCUCUCCCCCCCUCCAACAUUCUUUUACAGUAAACAAAAACAAAAAAAAACCCAAUCAAAUAAAAAAGAAUUGUAUCCAUUCUUGUAAGCGAAUGUAUGUGUCAAGUGAUGUGUGUGUACAGUGGUGAUUUACACGUUUUGAUCAGCUGGACAAGAAAAAGAAAAAAGACAUGUCAAAAAUGAAUCCUAAGUUCUCGGUCUCUGGCAAACCUAUCUGCACUUGCUGUUGUGUGGUUUCCUAGCCUUGUAUUCGCGUCAAGCAAAUAAAUAACAAACCCAUGUGUUUUUUUUUGGUCUAA